CGCCAGGAUAUCAGUGUUGGGUCCGUGUGUGAGUACGCUAUCCUCCUGUGAGAGGAUCAUAUACAUAGCUAAUGUUUAGAUAAACACCUACUUACAUGUGUGAUAUAUAUUACGUACAGAGAGGCUACCUGCGCAGUCUUACCACAGGUGUGAGCACGAACAGGUGUUGAGAGUACAGUAGGAAAACAGCAUCAUGCGAUUGUUUGUAUCUGUUCAACUGGUGUCUCGGGCUGUGCAACAGAUAUGGAGGACUCCUCAGAGUAUCUGUGCCACACGGGGUUAUCUACACGCCUGCAGAUCCUUUUCCUCCAACGAGGUCAAAUCAGCAGUCACACCUGCGGAGAUCACCACCACUCCCAUCCCUGAGAUCACAGAUGCCUUCCCACACCUGCAGACUCACGAGAGCAUACACAAGUUCUCCCUGGAACAGCCGGAUGAGUUCUGGGGACGUCUGGCUCGCUCUCGUCUGGAGUGGCAGAAGGAGUUCCAGGUGGUGAGGGACCAUGAUAUGGAGAAGUCUGCCUUCAGAUGGUUUCCAGAUGGUCAGCUGAAUGUCUCAGUCAACUGUGUGGAUCGUCACGCUCGUCAACACCCGGAUCGUGUGGCUCUACUGUGGGAAAAGGAUGAGCCGGGUCAGGAGGAACGAGUCACUUACAGGGAGCUGCAGGAGCUGGUGUGUCGGAUGGGAAAUGUGCUGCUGGAGUGCGGAGUGAAGCGGGGGGACAGAGUGGCACUCUACAUGCCAGUGAUGCCACUCUCUGUAGCUGCCAUGCUCGCCUGUGCUAGGAUCGGUGCCAUUCACUCAGUCGUCUUUGCUGGCUUCUCUGCUGAAGCUCUGGCCUCCAGAGUACAGGAUGCGGGUGCGGAGACAGUCAUCACAGCAGAUGAGGCAGUGCGGGGAGGCAAGGUGAUCAAGCUGAAGCAGGUAGUGGAUGCUGCAGUAGCUAAGUGUCCCACCGUCAGGCAGGUGUUAGUGGCCAGCCGUACCGGCGCCCAGGUCAACAUGGGACCCAAAGACAUCAGCCUGGAACAGGUGUUGAGCAGCGCCUCCACGGAGUGUCCCCCAGCCGUCCAGAACGCUGAGGACCUGCUCUUCCUGCUGUAUACCUCCGGCAGCACUGGGUCUCCCAAGGGUGUGGCUCAUACUACUGCAGGUUACCUCCUCUACGCCUCCGUCACACACAAGCACGUGUUCGACUACCGAGACGGUGAUAUCUUCGGCUGUGUGGCUGACAUCGGCUGGAUCACUGGCCACUCCUAUGUUGUGUACGGUCCCCUGGCAAACGGUGCCACCACUCUCCUCUACGAGAGCACUCCCACCUACCCUGAUCCAGGUCGGUAUUGGGAGACUGUCUCUCGGCUUGGUCUGACGCACUUCUACUGUGCACCAACUGCACUGCGCCUCCUGCUGCGCUACGGUGACGACUGGGUGCUGCGCCAUGACCGCUCCUCCCUGCGGGUCCUGGGUUGUGUCGGGGAACCUCUCAACCAGGAAGCAUGGCACUGGUUUCAUGGUGUGGUGGGCGAUGGUCGCUGUGAUCUCACAGACACCUGGUGGCAGACAGAGACUGGGGGCAUCAUGAUCAGUCCUCGUCCCUCUGCACCUGGUGCCCACAUCAACGCAGGGAUGCCCAUGCGCCCAAUGUUCGGGGUACUGCCAGUGCUGUGUGAUCCAUCUGGCAAGGUGGUGGAGGGGAAACGUGUGGAUGGUGCUCUCUGCUUGGGAUCCAUCUGGCCAGGUAUCUCCCGCACCAUCUAUGGCGACCACAAGCGCUUCAUAGACACCUACUUCGCGCCCUUCCCCGGCUACUAUUUCAGCGGUGAUGGCGCCUACAGGGACGAGGAAGGUUUCUAUCACAUUACAGGUCGCAUGGACGAUGUUAUCAACGUGACGGGUCAUCGCCUGGGCACCGCUGAAGUUGAAGACGCUAUGACGGAGCAUCCGGAGGUGUCUGAGACGGCUGUGGUUGGCUUCCCUCAUCCAGUGAAGGGAGAAGCUGUGUUCGCCUUCAUUGUACUCAAGGAGGAACUGGAAUCCAGUCAGGAGAAUAUUGUGGCAGACUUGAAGAAGCUGGUGCGGUCACAGAUUGCAGGAUACGCCGUGCCUGACGAGAUAAUGGUGUGUCCUGGACUGCCCAAGACUCGCUCUGGUAAAAUCCUGAGAAGAAUACUUAGAAAAGUAGCAGCUGGGCAGCCUGACGAACUGGGUGACAUAUCCACCCUGGCUGACCCCACCAUCGUACAAACUAUUGUAAACAUUUAUAAUACACAACAUGCAAAAUGAUACAACCCGUUUACCCAGAGUAACUUCCACAGUGAAUGUUUACCCAGAGUAACUUCCACAGUGAAUGCUUACCCAGAGUAACUUCCACAGUGAAUGUUUACCCAGAGUAACUUCCACAGUGAAUGUUUACCCAGAGUAACUUCCACAGUGAAUG